CACCAAAGCAGCACCACCAUUACCAAGCUCUAAACAGGCUGCCAUCAAGAGAUUCGUCACAGCUUUAAGCAACUAGGAAUUGAAUCACCCAUCAAAGAGAAAUGAUCAACUGCUCAACACAAGAAGCAAAGAAGUUGUUCCACCAGUUCUACCACCACCAUCAUCACCACUGAUACUAUAGCCACCUCCAAAAACUACUUUCAAACAAACCCAAAACGUAGCAUCAGCACCUAAGGAGAAUCACAACUUCCAAUCCAUAUUUUAGGUAUUAAACACAGAGAGGAAAUACUCCAACAAAGAUUGUGAUACCCCAAACCAACAUCACUGUCAACCAAUCAAUCCAUUCCUCUACCAACUGAACCACCAACUAAUUUAGGAAUAGAAAUCCAAAUUGGAACACACAGUAAAUGCUGGAACUAAAACAAACGAAAAAUAUACAGAGAAACGAAUAUUUACAGUAUGGACAUGAUAAUUCCUUACUCGAUUUGAGCCAUAAAGACCCAAAUCAAGCAAGGAAUUAACAUAGAUCUGGAAAAAAUAAAGAGGCGGUGAGGAUAAGAACGAGUUUCUUUUUUCGCAGGAAAGAGAAAGAGUGAAAGAAGAAAGAGGGACACGGGCUUAUUUGGAGUACAAAGUAAUGGGCCCUGAUAAACCAAACCGGAUCUAGGAAAAACUCACUCCAUGUCCCUGUCAACGCAAGUAUAUACCCAUUUCCAAUCCUCUGAGUCACACCGAGCGUCCAUAAAAAGAGAGUUUAUUUACAGGGGAACUCACCAUUCAGGACACAAGAACUCACAAUCACACGGCCCCUCUCGGUAGAGACAGACGGAGAGGAAUGGAGAAGGUUCGGGAAUCUUCGAUUGGUGCAUUUGCAGUACAAUGUGGGAAGUGCGAGAAAUGGAGACUAAUUCCAACCCAAGAGGAGUACGAGGAAAUCAGAGCAAACUUCAUAGAGAAACCGUGGUUCUGUGAUGACCAGUAUAAUGUGGAUUGUGAUGACCCAGCUGACAUAGAGUUAGACAAUACAAGAACAUGGGUUAUUGACAAACCUAACCUUCCAAAGUCACCAGCUGGUUUUGAAAGAGGUAUGACUAUAAGAAGUGAUUACCGUAGAAUGGAUGUCUUUUAUAGAGCACCAGGUGGAAAGAAAGUACGAUCACCGGCUGAUGUAGAGAAGUUUCUAGAGGCGAAUCCUGAACACAAAGCUGCUGGAGUUUCGGUGGCAGACUUCAAAUUUAUAACGCCGAAGAUAAUGGAGAAUACGAUUCCUGAAGGUGUGGUUGGUAGUAGUCAGAAGAGAAUGAAGAUGGAUGAUGAUUUCAUUGAUGACAUGUGAGAGGUGUUUGGGUGAAUUUUGGCAGGUACCAUGUUAUGUCCAUGUGAUUAGCCCAUAGGUGCACGAAUUCAUCAAAUGAGACAGUUUCAGGUCAGAUUUAUGUUUGUAUAGCUAGUUUGUUAGAAGGUAUAUGCGAGUCAUGUGACUGUGUUGUAGAUAUAUAUGUUACUAUCCUUCAGAGUUUCAAUUCUUCCACCGAUAUGGUGGCGUUUGCUCAACGCAUUUUAAAAGUGGAUGGAUGUUAUUCUAUACUCAGACUGGUGUUUUAGAAGAGAAAAUUUAUAAUGAUAUUGAAAUUUCACUAGCAA